UCAACGGCCAGGAUCCCUUGAAAUUUGGGAAAGAAAGUUUAGGGCAGGAAGGAUGGCUUGGCGCUCGGAGAUCUCGCGCCGAGCUCGCGAGCUGCGAAUCCUUUUCUGCCAGACCUCUCCUGGCAGCGAGACGACCAGGGAUUACAUCCUCAAGAACUACAAGCAGCUCAAGACGCUCAAUCCCACGCUGCCGAUACUUCUCAGGGAAUGUAGCGGGAUCCAACCACGACUGUGGAUUCGAUACCCUUAUGGAGUGGAGCAAAGCGCCACUCUCGAUGGGCUUAGUGUAGAACAGAUCGAUGCCAAGCUCGAAGAACUCGUGAAAGACGCUCCAGAGUGAUUGGAAGAAUGGUGAAAGACGAUGGUGUGUAUAUUCUCAGAAUAAUCUAAUAAGUAGAGGAGCAAUUGCCACAAUUGGGCAUUUGGGAUCCUCGAGAAUGCCUCUUUUCCUA